CGGUGCAGUCUUUUGCGUGGCGAUUCUGGGAGUUUUCCUGUCCCCCAACACUGCUCCUCAGUUCCUGCGGUUGGAUUCUAAGCUGCCAUAGUGCACUGUGCAUUUCCAAGAGCAAGAAAAGAUGGAUACAUUUCUGGAGUUGGUGUCAUUUGAGGAUGUGGCUGUGGACUUCACCUGGGAAGAGUGGAGGGUCUUGAAUGAUGCUCAGAGGACUUUGUACAGGGAUGUGAUGCUGGAGAACUUCAGCAGCCUGGUAUCAUUGGGGUACUGCAUUAGUAAACCUGAGGUGAUCCUCAAGUUGGAGAAAGGAGCAGAGCCAUGGAUAAUAAUAGAACACCCAAACCAGAGCUCCCAGGUAGUCAAUGAAGGAAAACCUGACCAUAUUCAACGCAGAAGAAUGAGAAAGAGCUGCAGGAGACAACCACUAUUGCUAUAAAAAUAAAAUAGAGUAAAAACUUUAAAAAUAGGAGUAAAACCCAAAAGGGUAAUAAACAAAUGGAAGGUGAUAAGCAAUUAUGUGAAAUCAGCAAUUAGGAAAAAGGUAAAAAUGAUCAAAUAUUUAACAUGAUUUAAAAACAAAAAAGUGAAUAAAGAAGCAAAGGGGAAUGUGACAUAAUGUUAAAAAACAUAUUAAUACAACAUAACAUGUUAGUAUGGAGAAAAUGAAUAUACUCCUGAAACCAAUACCCAUUAUUGAUUUUUAUGAAAUCUUUUAUUACUUGGGUUGGGAGAAACUUCUGUACAUUUACAUGAG